AUAAAAAAUCUACCUACUCAUUAUAAAUUAUUUCUAUUAUAUAUAACCAAAGUUUCUAAGCACGUUUAUAUUCUUUCGUUCUCUUUCUACAGAUACAAACUUUUCAUUCAGCAAAAAAUACCUACAUGAAACAGACUCACAAAAUAAAUAUUUAUUGCUUCACUGUGUCUAUAUUAAUAAUUCUUUGAAGCUUGGUGUUACAAAAUAAAUAUCUACACGACUUCAAAUGGUAAAGGCGAUGAUUCUGAUAAUGGCAUCAUGUACUUGGUGCUUCGAAAAUGUUAUCAUUUACGAAACUAUAUACUCUUCAUGGAUUAUCGGUUUAGGUAGAAAAAUAGUUCUAUAUAUUUUCAAACUUUCACAUAUCAACAUUUGGUGAAUCUUAAAUAUGUAUUAUAAUUAAUUAAAAUAUAAAAAAUAACAUUUUAAUAAAUUUUCUAUUUUUCGACUUAACAACUUUAAAAUAUCCAAAUAUUUUUAUGUCAUUUUGUUCAUUCAAAAUAUCUAAGUCAAAUAAUUAGCUCAAAAUAUAGUAAUAUACUAAAUCAUUUUCUAGAUUUUUCAUAAGAUAGUAGAUCAACAAUUGUCAAAUACGGAAAUUCAUCGUUACGGGUGAUACUUUAUUUACAUUCUAAUAUAUUGAAUCAGUUAUAACAAAUAAAUGCAUAAAUUUAUUUAUGGAACUUGAAAACAUAUUUUAUUGACGGGAGAUUUAGUUGGAAUUGCACAUCAAAUCUUUAUUAUUAAAAAGGGAAAGAUUCUUAAAAAAUCUACUUAUACAAGGUUGUUAGACUAUUUCAUUAGACUUAACUAUUUUUUUGGUCUUACCUUAUAUUUCUCUAACUAUAAAAAUACUUUACAUAUUUUUUUCUAAUUUAAAUGAACUCAUUUAUUAUUCUCCUAUAAUCUAUUAUAUAAUUACUCUAAUAAUAAAUCCCUAUGAAUAUAGACAGAUUAUUCGAACAUGUUUACACAUAACGUGAUCAUUACCACAUAUAGUUCAAUUAUUAGUAUAAAAUUUUCAAUGGCUUAGUUAUGUUUAAUAUAGGUUGUAAUGGAUAAUCAUCUGGUUUGUAACAAAUUUUUUUUUCAUUUUUCAGUUCGGUUUAUAUUUUUCGGUUCCAAAAAUAUAUGAUAUGCUCGGUUAUCUAUAAAAAUUCAGCGUAAUUUUAGUUUUUUUCCAGUUUGGUACAGUUCAGUGCACGCGGGUAAAUGUACUCAAACCUAUACAUUAUCUUAUAUAGAAAUUGUAUAAGAAAAAUUUAUUUAAUUUCAAAAAUAAACCCGCGCUUUCUAAGCGCGGGUCAAAAUCUAGUGAUCUAGUUAUUUAGGAACAAAACUGCUUGCUGGGACCACCUGAACUACGGUACAAAUGCUCAAUCUAUGGUGGUUAAUUUAUGAACAGUUUCUGUAUAAGUCUUCUCAAGUUAGCCCAGAGAGUAGUUGCCGCUGGCCCGCUGGUACCUAGCUUGGUUCUGAAAAGUCAAUGACCCGAUAUUGUAUGCUCAUCUAAGAAAAAAAAAAUUUAAUUAUAGAUGAAUACUCUUGUUGCAAAAAGGGUUUUAUAAUUUGAAAUAAUCAGAUCCGUCCGUUGUAAAUUGCUGUUACAUGAUUAUGCGCUCCAAAUACGGCUAUAAUUUUAAAAAUAUUUAUCUAUUAGAAUAUAAAAGUACAAUUAUAAAGAGAAAAUUCCAUAUUUGUGUUUAUAAUACCAAAAGAAAGGUAUAAAGAUAAUUAAAUAUUUAAAAAAGUGUUAUAAUCCAUAAUAUUAUCAUAGCAAUAUUUUAAUAACAAUUUGAGGAAUAUUGAGCAGUGAAAGACAUCAACUUAGAAAUCUAAAGCAAGAGGAACAAAAUAGAAAUUCUAACAACUUUCUUUUUGUGUCUCCAGUGAACUUAGACCGAACAAUAUUCUUCUUACACAAAAUUAAUUAAAACUAUAAUUAAAACACAAAUAAUUUGGUAACACAGAGAGAAAAUGAGAGAGGCAAAGGACUAACGUACGCCACCAGUGACUGUUUAUCUAAACGGCGCCAAAUAUUCUGAGUGUUGUCUUGUCUUUUCACAAUAAAACGCAAACAAAAACCCACUCCCACAUUCUUCUUUCUAAAAAAGAACACACACACAAACCACUUUCUCUCUUCUGUCUCUUUCUUUUGCCAGGCGAACAUGGAUAAAGGCUUCUCUCCCGUCGGUCUAAGAGUUCUUGUGGUUGACGACGACCCAACAUGGCUCAAGAUUCUUGAGAAGAUGCUCAAGAAGUGCUCUUACGAAGUGACUACAUGUGGGUUAGCUAGAGAAGCUCUGAGACUGCUCCGGGAGCGUAAGGACGGAUAUGACAUCGUGAUCAGCGACGUGAACAUGCCUGACAUGGACGGCUUCAAGCUCCUUGAGCACGUUGGACUCGAGCUGGACCUCCCUGUCAUAAUGAUGUCAGUGGACGGUGAGACGAAAAGAGUGAUGAAAGGCGUCCAGCACGGAGCGUGUGAUUACCUGUUGAAGCCCAUAAGGAUGAAGGAGCUGAAGAUCAUAUGGCAGCACGUUCUGAGAAAGAAGCUUCAAGAAGUGAGGGACAUCGAAGGAUGCUAUGAAGGAGGAGCUGAUUGGUUCACAAGAAACGAUGAGGCACACUUGCUUGGAGGAGGAGGUGAAGAUGUUUCUUUUGGGAGAAAGAGGAAAGAGUUUGACUUUGAGAAGAAGCUUCUUCUUCAGGAUGAGAGUGACCCAUCAUCGUCUUCCUCCAAGAAAGCAAGGGUGGUUUGGUCUUUUGAGCUUCAUCAGAAGUUUGUCAACGCUGUUAACCAGAUCGGUUGCGAUCACAAGGCUGGUCCCAAGAAGAUAUUGGACCUCAUGAAUGUUCCAUGGCUCACUAGGGAAAAUGUUGCGAGCCACCUCCAGAAGUACAGGCUUUACCUGAGCAGAUUGGAGAAAGGAAAGGAGCUAAAGUGUUAUUCUGGUGGAGUAAAGAAUAUGGAUUCACCUCCAAAAGAUUCCGAGUUUAAUACAGGCCACCAAAGCCCUGGCAAGAACAGCUAUGCCUUCUCUGGAGGCAGUUCUGAUCCAAAGCAACUUGCUUCAUCUUCUGUGUCUGACCCCAGCAGUGAUGUUCAUAUGCCUCCAAAAGCGAAAAAGACGCGUGUAGAGUUUGAUCCUCCCAUUUCCUCAAGUUCUGCGUUUGAGUCUCUGCUUCCCUGGAGUGAUGUUCCAGACCCACUUGAAUCAAAGCCCCAGAUUCUGUAUGGGAGCAGCUUUCUCCAGCAACAACCAUUACCAAGUCAAAGUCCCUAUGUUGCAAAUUCUGCACCAACUCUGAUGGAACAGGAAAUGAAGCCUUCGUAUGAGACUUCUGUGAAUGCGGAUGAGUUUCUCAUGCCACAAGACAAGAACUCUACCGUGAUCCUUCAAGAUCUGGACUUGUCCGCUCCCUCUGCCAUCUCCAGCAUAAAUGUAACCAACGAUACAGAGUCGAUUCUGAGAAGUUUGAGCUGGGAGCUUCCGGAAUCACAUCAUUCUGGUUUUAUAGACACUGACUUAGACUUCAGUUGGCUUCAAAACGAGCAUUUUCUUGCAAACACCUCCGGGAACUUCCAGUUUCAAGACUACAGUUGUAGCCCAUCUCUCCUUUCCGAGCUCCCACCUCACCUUUGGUUUGGAAAUGAACCUGACGAGUAUACCCUCAUGGUAGACCAUGGCUUAUUCAUAUCUUGAACUUGCUCCAUUAACUUCUUUUCGUAUAUUGGUCGGUGUUAUGCAUAAAGAUUUUGUGUGUAUACCUGAAAAUAACCUUCCAUGAUCGAAUGCAUGUACAAUAAUCCAUGAGUGUUAUAAGCUAAUUACACCACAAUGAUAAGACCACAUGUUUCA